AGUUUGAUAAUGAGUUGAUUUGAUAAUUCCUUGAUAAUGACUGCGAAACUGUAACGCGACGUCAGUUAUCAUUGCUCUUUGUUUGUAGGACUUCCAGCUUGCAGUCUGAUAUUUUCAGUGGCGCACUGUGGGCGCGAACGGUAUUCUUAUCAUAAGCGGAUUAAUUUAGUUCGUGUGAUUCAAUAAUGGCUGAAAAAGUAUUGAAGCACAAAGUGUGCAUAAUCGGUUCCGGAAACUGGGGUUCUGCAAUAGCAAAGAUAGUUGGUCGAAAUGCAGCGCGACUCCCCAACUUUGAAGAUAGAGUCACCAUGUGGGUGUUCGAGGAGAUGAUUGAGGGCAAGAAACUGACAGAAAUCAUCAAUGAAACCCAUGAAAACGUAAAAUAUCUACCUGGUCACAAAUUACCACCAAAUGUUGUGGCGAUCCCCGAUGUGGUGGACGCCGUGAAGGAGGCAGACUUGCUCAUCUUCGUGGUACCUCAUCAGUUCGUGAGGACUAUCUGCUCGACACUACUCGGCCAGAUCAAGCCGACGGCGGCAGCGCUGUCCUUAAUAAAGGGCUUCGAAAUCGCCGAGGGUGGCGGCAUUGACUUAAUAUCACAUAUCAUCACGAGAUGCCUGAAGAUCCCCUGCGCUGUUCUAAUGGGCGCCAAUAUUGCCUCAGAGGUGGCGGAUGAGAAGUUCUGCGAGACGACGAUCGGGUGCCGCGACGUGAUGCUGGCGCCGACUAUGCGUGACAUCAUCCAGACCGACUACUUCCGAGUCGUGGUAGUCGAUGACGAGGACGCCGUCGAGAUCUGCGGCGCGCUCAAGAACAUCGUGGCGGUAGGCGCUGGUUUCGUCGACGGUCUCGGGUUCGGCGACAACACGAAGGCGGCGGUGAUCAGACUCGGUCUCAUGGAGAUGAUCAAGUUCGUCGACGUGUUCUACCCCGGCAGCAAACUGAGCACCUUCUUCGAGUCCUGCGGGGUCGCUGACCUUAUCACGACGUGCUAUGGCGGUAGGAACAGGAGGGUGGCAGAAGCGUUCGUCAAGUCUGGCCGAUCCAUCAAGGAGUUGGAAGACGAGCUGCUGAACGGACAGAAGCUGCAGGGGCCCAUCACGGCCGAAGAGGUUAACCACAUGCUCGUCAACAGGAAUAUGGAGAACAAGUUCCCGCUGUUCACGGCGGUGUACCGGAUCUGCAAGGGCGACCUGAAGCCUUCCGACUUCAUCGACUGCAUCCGCAGCCACCCCGAGCACAUGAAAACGCCAGCGCCCAAAUGCUCUCUGUGACCUGAGUGAAGUCUUCAGUAUUCAACUUGCAUUUACUGUCUGCUGCACUUGCAUUGCCUCGAUCGCACUGCGGCUGUUUUCUAUCCAGAUGUACCUCUAGAGAUGUGCUAUCCAGUGAAUAUGUAAAGUAGCUCUAGCUAGAGUAGGUAGUCAUAUAGCUGAUGUGGCUGUGACGUUAAUUAGGAUAUUUGGAAAAUCAGGAUGUUGCUGUGUAAAAAUUGAUGUUUCACUGGACACUUAAAAGUCAAGGAACUGAAUAAUUGUCCGGGACGUUGCUUUAUAAAUCGGGAAGUCCUAUUACCUGUACGUAUGGCGGCUCUACUAAGCAUUACCAUACAAUCUGGAUAGAAAAUGAGCCGAAGUUUAUAGAUGCACGAAUGUCGUUGUUGUGUUACCUAUCAUAUAACCAGCGGCGUAACUAUAUGGUGGCAUAACGGGCAAAAUGCCAAGGCCGGAAUAUAUUUUAAAUACGCCCUUAGCCCUUAUCCAGAUAUAUGGCAUGAUUUCCGCGUAUACAUACACAGAGUACUUUAAUAUGAUAUAUAUAAGAACGCGAUAUAAAUAUGCGACAAUUGCGCUGUUCAUACAUGGGCUAAAUCAAUGAGCGAUAAAAACUGAACAUUUUUUAAAGAAUUACUAUGACAGCUUCGCAAGCCUGGAUAUACACAUAUAUUAUUACGCCACUGUAUAUAACUAUGUUAAGAUUUAUUUGUUCAUCUUUUUUUUAAGAAUGUUUUAAACGUUUGAAAAUCUUAAAUCUAGAUAAGGGUUCUGGUAUUCUAAAGAAUACACUUUAUUAUGGAACCGCUGUAUAAUAGAGGUAGGUACAUGAUCAAUUAAAGUAAGUGUUUUAUGAGAUUCAAAAUAUGGAUUUUUAGAAAGCUAGCUAUAGCAGAUCGUGGGACUUAUUUGAUAGUUUUUAUUAUAGCAAAAGUCAAAUUUUCCUAGUCUGCUAAAUAUACCCACUGAUUGUUUUUUUUUCUUUUAGUUAUAAUUUACGGUUAGGGAGUAGGGUAUAAUGGUAAGGGUAAUUUUUAAAUAAAGAACAUGAAAAGAUAAAGAACAUAAAUAUGUACUUAAUUCAUCAUGAUUUCAUGUAUUUUAACAAUUUUAUUCAUAAGGUUCUCUUCACGUGCCAUUUGACAUAAUAAUCUACAUGUUGAUCAUGUGUUGGUCAUUUAAUGAGUUUUUGUGCAAUUCAUUUCAGAAUCCAUUUUAAUAACACACGAAUAAAAACAGAAGCCUUUAAACUCAAUAAAAUCUGAAGUACAUUAUGCAAUUGGCAACAUUUUUAGACAGAAUAUAGUGCAUUUAAUUCU